AUGACAGAAACGGUCGACCUUGCCCAAUACCUCUGGACACGGCUUGCUCAACUCAAAGUUGGUUCAAUUCACGGGGUUCCAGGAGAUUACAACCUCACUUUACUGGAUGCAAUCAAAUCAUCAGGCAUCGGAUGGGUUGGCAAUGCAAAUGAAUUAAACUCAGGCUAUGCUGCAGAUGGCUACGCAAGGAUCAAAGGCAUAAGUGCACUUAUCACCUCCUUUGGCCCUGGGGAACUUUCUGCAGUUAAUGCCAUCGGUGGCGCAUAUGCCGAGAAAGCCCCGAUUGUGCAUAUCGUCGGGACCCCCCCAUUGGUUGCCCAGCGAGCAGGCGCUUGCUUGCAUCAUUCCUUAGGCGAUGGGAAUUUCCGAGUGUUUGCGGAUAUCCAGAAAUCAAUUACCGUUGCUCAAGCAAACCUCAAGGAUGUUUCAACCGCUCCGCAGAUGAUCGAUGGAGUACUGAAGGAGUGUCUUCGUCAUAGUCAGCCUGUAUACAUCGAGGUGCCAACAGACAUGGUCAAAGCCCAAGUCCCAGCUCCCACUUCACUGCUGGAUCUCUCUAUUACCAAUUACGACGAGUCAUAUGAGGAUCAAGUCGUCGACACUCUUGUGACGCGCAUCCAACAAAGCAGGAAGUCAUUGAUACUUGUGGACAUGUUUGCUGGCCGUUUUGACAUCAAGGAUGAAAUCAACGAGUUGGCCAAGCUGACGGGCAUUCCCGUUUUGACAACUCCCGGAGGCAAGGGGAUUGUUGGUGAAGCCUUGCCUAACUUCCACGGCGUUCAUUUUGGUUCGGCAGGUACUACAGAGCAUCACGCCUGGGCUAACUCUCGGGAUCUGGUCCUUCGUUUUGGACCUCUUAAUUCUGAAACCAACACUUUCGGAUUCACAGCCGUGCCAAAUCCACAAGUCACGAUUACGUUCGACAAGUACGCUAUCCAUUGGGAUGGGUGUAAUGACGUUGAUCGUACCCUCUCGCUGAAGUCUGCUCUCCAAAAGCUGUGCGAGCGACUUGGGUCCGUUCAACUCUUGGCUCCAGAACCCUACCCUACUGAGUGCCCUUCUUAUGAAAAGAUGCUGAAGGAUCUCCCAACGCCCAAAGAAGACGAUAUGGUGGAUCAAUAUUCUUUCUGGCUUUUUAUUUCAAAGUUUAUUCGCGAGGGUGAUAUAAUCCUGACGGAGACAGGUACAGCAUCCUAUGGUGGUCAGAGCCUCUUUCUUCCCGAUAACACCACCUUUAUCAACUCGACAAUCUGGCUUUCCAUUGGAUAUAUGCUCGCUGCUGCCCAAGGUGCCUCGCUGGCUCAGAGGGAAAUGCAACAGGAUGGUACUCGACCCCCAGGUCGAACCAUUUUGUUUGAAGGAGAUGGAAGUCUUCAGAUGACUGCCCAAUCUAUCAGCGAUAUGAUUCGAAACAAGCUGGAUAUUAUCAUCUUUGUGCUGAACAAUCGCGGAUAUACAAUUGAACGGAUUAUCCAUGGUUUUGAGGAGAACUACAAUGAUGUGCAACCCUGGAGAAACUUGGAAGCACCUUCCUAUUUCGGGGCACCUAAGAAUGACCCGACAUAUCCUGUCAAUACCUUUUUGGCUAACAACUGGGGGGAGCUCCAAACUGUAAUACAAAAAACAGAACUUCAAGAGGGUAAGGGGCUCACUAUGAUUGAGGUUACUAUGGAUAUGGCCGAUGCUCCACAGUCACUGGUAUUGUUUGUGCAGUAUCUGAUCAAACGAAAUCGAGGAGAAUGA